AUGCCCUCUCAAAUGGAGCAUGUCAUGGAAACCAUGAUGUUCACAUUUCACAAGUUUGCUGGGGUUAGAGGCUAUUUAACAAAGGAGGACCUGAGAAUACUCAUGGAAAAGGAGUUUCCUGGAUUUUUAGAAAAUCAAAAAGACCCCCUGGCCAUGGACAAAAUAAUGAAGGACCUAGGCCAGUGCCAAGAUGGCAAAGUGAACUUCCAGAGCUUCUUUUCACUAAUUGCUAGGCUCACCAUCGCAUGCAAUGACUAUUUUGUAAUACAGAUGAAACAGAAGGGAAGGAAGUAG